CUCUGGAAUGUCCCAGGAAAAAAAUUGCUACCUGUCCUCCUGUAGUGCGCUCCGAGAAGCUCGUCGCCGCCGGCUGCAUCCCCGCCGACCUAAACCAAACCACGGCGAGGGCGAGGUCACCACCACCGGCUACUGCCCUCCGAGAAGCAAUCGAGGCGUCGCCGGCUGCAUCCCCACAGCCGGGCGCCGUCCUAAACCAAGAUCAUUGCCCUUUCCCGAGUCACCACGGCGAGAUCUGACUGGCCUUCCGCUCCCGCUCCCGCUCCAUGGAGGAGGCAGAGAAGGGGGAGAUCCACGAGAGGAACACCAACUCGAGCCAUUCGGGGGCGACGGAGGAGGCGGCCGGUCUGCUCAUCGACGACCUCAUCCUCGAGAUCCUCUCCCGCCUCCCCGUCAGAUCCCUCCACCGCUUCAAGUGCGUCUCCGUGCCCUGGCGCCACCUCAUCGCCGACCCCGCCAACUGCAAGAAGCUCCCCCAGACCCUCGCUGGCUUCCUCUACUUCACCACCGACGACGGCGGGGAUCACCACCACUUCGCCAGCGUCUCCGGCGGCGCAGCCCCGUUCGACCCUUCCUUCCCUUGCCUGCAGCCUAAUAAGUACAAGGACAUGGCCCAGGUGGACGCCUGCAAUGGCCUCCUUCUCUACCGUGGCAGCAACAAGAAGAUGGCUUAUUGGAACUGGAACUGGGCAGAGGAUGAUUUCCGUUUUGUUGUGUGCAAUCCCGUCACCGGGAGGUGGGUGGAGCUGCCCCCUUCACCACAGACGCCGGAAAACAGAUUUAGCUGUACCGCAGGUCUGGCUUUUGAUCCAGUGGUCUCAUCCCAUUUCUACGUUCUUCAAUUCGAGCAGAUCUUUGAGGGAUCUUACAUCACAUCAGUGAACAUCUACUCGUCGAGGACAGGAGCCUGGACUCGCAGGGAUAGUGGGAUGGUUGAGAAAGUGAUACUCUGCUCCUUUAGUAAGUACGUCUUUGUUUGCGGUAUGAUGUACACGGUUGGCAGCCUCAACGACAAGCAUGAGUAUGUGCUGCUAGCGGUGGACAUGGAGGGGAAAGUGUGGAAGACUAUCCGCGUGCCGAACGGUCCAGGAAUUGGUGCAAUUGGAUUGUCGCAGGGGUGCUUACACUAUUCUGUAGAUUCCAUGGUUCGCAUCGAUGAUAACAAUGAAAGCCUAGUUUCUGAGAUAACACUCUGGUGCCUCAAGGAUCAUGACAGUGAAGAAUUUGUCCUGAAGCAUACCGCCAACACCAAUAAGCUUAUGAGCAUGACUGGGAAGAAGUACAGAGUGGUUGAGAUUCAUCCGCAUUGCGACACCAUUUUCCUUGUUUCAUGUGGAGGUGAUACCUUGGUGGAGUAUGAUAUGCAGCAUCAGAAAGUUGGAUGUAUCCUUAAUCUUGAGAAAGAUAGCAUACAAAAAUUUCUACCCUAUGUUCCUCUGUUCCAAAAAUCCUUAGCAGAGGUUGAUGAGCAGUAAUUUUGCCUUCGAACCACACCUGUAUUUCCUCCAAGAUUUGGCUCUUCUGUCAGCUGAAAUACUUGUUUGUGUACCUCUGAAUCUGCUUCAAUCAUGCCACCCAAUUCUUAAUCGUGGUAGAGUACGAUAUGCAACAUCAGAAAGUUGGCUGUAUCCUUAAUCUUGAGAAGAAUACACAACGAUUUCUACCUUAUGUUCCUCUAUUCUCAGGGUCAUUAGCAGAUGGAGAUGCGCGGUAGUGUUACCUUCAAACCACGCUUGUGCUUGCUCCAAGAAUUGGCUCUUUUGUCAGCUGAAGUACUUGUUUGUGUACCUCUGAAUUUGCUUGAAUCAUGCUGCUCAUUUUGCUGGUGCUUACACUCCUGCUUGGUUGAUUUUCAGUUCAGAGCAAUGCCUGGUAAACCUAGCACAGGUUGUGUUACCCCUGUUCUUGUUUACCUAGCACAGGUUGUUGUUCUGGACAUGUAUUAGUUCCAUGUGGCUAAAUUAUACUGUAAUCGCUCUUCCUUUCCAUAACAAUCAGUUAUUAUGGUUAACCUAAAUGCUAUUGCAGAUUGUGAACCUGGUAGUGUAGUGAAAGGGUCAAUCAGACUGGUUACUGGUGCAAAUGUGUUGUUGACAUUAUUCAUUCAGUAUUUUGAUAAAACUGGAGUGGUUACUGGUGCAAA